AUGCAUAGAUAGGUAUUGGAUAAAGGCCAUUUGGUCUCAACCCACAUUCCUCACACUACCUUUUUCGCUUCUUACUUUGCUUUCUUCCUUUCUAUUUUCAACACAAUCAUCGCAAGGGUUUCCCUUCCACCUCACAUGCUUCCGAGGGGAGGGGAUUCACGCUCUUUUUCUCCCAAUUCCGCCUUUCUUAGUCAACUAUUCACUUAUUCAUGUUGCUUAUCCCUUGUGUUCAUUUCUGUCAAAAUUCACCGUAACUGAAGCUAAAAUGUCUAUGUGUCUCCCGUAGUGCUUCGUUUCUUCGACAAAAGGAGGUUUUUUUUUUUUCCAGAAAAAUUUCUCACAUUUCCAUGUUUUGGGGUGUUUUGUUAAUCUUGUGAGGGGUUUAGAGGAGUUGGGGAAGUGGGAAUGAUCUGCAAGAGGUGUUAAGAAAAGGGGUUGACGAUGUCGUUUAGGAGUAUCAUCGCGGAGAGGAAGGGAUUUGAGUUUAAGUUUGGGUAUAGUAUGAGAUCCAGGUCACAGUCACACAGUGAUGCCAUUGUCCAGGAUCGUUUGGUGGUGCUUGAUGGGUUGAAGCAGAGUUGUUGGGCUAACAUGCCCCCUGAGCUUUUGAGGGAUGUCCUCAUGAGGAUUGAGGCUUCUGAGGAUUCCUGGCCUGCCCGAAAACACGUCGUCGCCUGUGCCGGAGUGUGCCGCAGUUGGAGAGAAAUCAUGAAGGAAAUUGUCAAAUCCCCGCAAGUAUCUGGCAACUUGACAUUUCCAAUCUCCUUGAAGCAGCCUGGUCCUAGGGGCUCUCUUCUUCAGUGCUAUAUUAAACGAAAUCACAGUAAUAAAACAUAUUAUCUGUUUCUUGGUUUAAACCAAGCCUCAACUGAGGAUGGCAAGUUCCUUCUUUCUGCACGCAAGUGUCGACGUGCAACUCACACUGACUAUAUCAUUUCUCUUAACUGUGAUGAUGUCUCAAGAGGGAGUAAUACCUAUAUUGGGAAGCUGAGGUCAAACUUUUUGGGCACCAAAUUCACUGUGUAUGAUGCACACCCUCCAAUUUAUGGAGCCAAAGUUACAAAGUCUCGUUCCUCCAGGCUAGUCAGUCUCAAGCAAGUUUCUCCUAGAGUUCCUGCUGGCAACUACCCCAUUGCUCAUGUCUCGUAUGAUCUGAAUGUUUUGGGCUCUAGAGGCCCUAGAAUAAUGCACUGUGUUAUGGAUGCCAUCCCUGCCUCAGCUGUUGAACCUGGAGGUGUGGCCCCAACACAGACUCAAUUUCUUCAUAGCAGAAUUGAUACUUCUCCAUCCAUCCCUUUCUUCAGAUCAAAAUCAACCCGCAUGGAUACUCUCACGUCAGAACCUUUGACUUGUCAAGAGGAGGGGAUGCUGGUACUGCAAAACAAGUCCCCCAGGUGGCAUGAACAACUUCAAUUCUGGUGUCUUAACUUCAACGGACGUGUGACAGUUGCUUCAGUUAAAAAUUUCCAGCUGGUUGCUUCUCCAAAAAAUGGAGUUUCUGAGCAGGCUCAGGAAAAUGUUAUUCUACAGUUUGGAAAAGUUGGUAAGGAUGUAUUCACCAUGGAUUAUCAGUAUCCAAUCUCGGCCUUUGAAGCAUUUGCAAUAUGCCUUAGCAGCUUUGACACCAAGAUUGCUUGUGAAUGAUUGCUGCCAUAAACAGAUAUUUUGCCAAUCCUGGUGCUGGUUGGAGUUGCACAAACAGUAAUGUGGGUAAUACCUGCAAAAGAUUUUCUACUCUUGUAUUUAGUACUGCUAAGUUUCAGAAUCACCUUUCCUUUGUCUAUUGUAUAUGGCUGUUUGUUUGCAUUAUAUUUAACCAAUGUUGACUUGUAAUUUGUGUUGUUUGUGUAGACUAAAUUCUUUCUUUUUCCGUGAGUUUGUAGAUGACCUUAGUUGUCAUUGGUUUGUGAGUUUUCAGGCUGUGUUUUGCGUAGAUGUUUUUGGCUUUUGUAAUGUACCUGGUUUUUAAGUGACAAAGGCUUCCUAGUAAAUUCUA